AGCUUGCCCAGGCAGCAAGCCAGCUUGCUCCAGACAGUGAUCUUUCCUGCCACUCCUGUGGGGACUGCCAGUUUUUUAUAAAUGCAAAUGUGCCCUGAAGUCCAGUAAUUUUUGUACUGCAGCACAAGUCUGUGGGUACAGUAAAUCUUAUACCAAGUCUAAGGCAAAAAACAUAGAUUAUCCAUAUGGCCUGUAUCCUCUGCUGAUCUGCAGUGCUCUUGUCAUGUUCUGGCUUGAGUGCACAACUCCAGUGCCUUGGUAGGAAUUCCAUAGGAAGGCUGAGGCAAGUGCAUUAGAAGAAGAAAGGUUGUGAGCCAUGCCUUUGGUGAAAAGGAACAUUGAACCGCGGCAUCUCUGCCGAGGAGCUCUGCCAGAGGGAAUUACAAGUGAACUGGAAUGCGUAACAAAUAGUACCCUUGCUGCUAUCAUACGCCAGCUAAGCAGCUUAAGCAAACAUGCUGAAGACAUAUUUGGUGAAUUGUUUAAUGAGGCCAACAGCUUUUACAUCAGAGCAAAUUCCCUUCAAGACAGAAUUGAUCGCCUUGCUGUCAAAGUUACCCAGCUGGAUUCAACGGUAGAAGAGGUAUCCUUACAGGAUAUCAACAUGAAAAAAGCAUUCAAGAGCUCAACAAUUCAAGAUCAGCAGGUAGUUUCAAAGAACAGCAUUCCAAACCCAGUGGCUGAUAUUUAUAAUCAGAGUGACAAACCACCACCUCUGAAUAUUCUUUCACCUUAUAGGGAUGAUAAGAAAGAUGGAUUGAAGUUUUAUACUGAUCCUUCCUAUUUUUUUGAUCUUUGGAAAGAAAAAAUGUUACAGGAUACUGAAGAUAAGCGAAAAGAAAAGAGGAGACAAAAGGAGCAAAAACGUAUAGAUGGCACCACCCGUGAGGUGAAAAAGGUUAGAAAAGCCAGGAACAGACGCCAGGAGUGGAAUAUGAUGGCAUAUGACAAAGAGCUUAGACCUGACAACAGGUUGUCUCAAAGUGUGUACCAUGGAGCAUCUUCCGAGGGAUCACUGUCCCCAGAUACUAGGUCCCAUGCAUCUGAUGUUACAGAUUAUUCUUAUCCUGCUACUCCGAAUCAUUCCCUCCAUCAGCAGAUAGCAAUGCCUUCAUAUGGAGCAGGAGAUGGUCCACAGUACAUGGCAGCAUCCCAAAGCCAUGAGCAUGAAUACAGACCACCUUCCACCACUGUACGACAUGCUACUUUAAACAGACCUCAGCAACCACCUCCACCUCCACCCCAGCCUUCAGAUGGCCAGCAUAGCUCAGUGCCUGUGGUACCAGCAGAAUAUGGGAUGCUUCCAGCUCAGAUGGUGGAUUAUUACAACCCUACAGGUCCUCCCCCUCCUCCUCCUCCCCCUAUGAUUCCUUCAGCACAAACUGCAUUUGUUAGUCCCCUUCAGCUUCCUGUGCCACCUUCCCACUCUGGACUGGUGACUGGCUCUACAUAUGCAGCUGCUCAUCCUCCUCCUUCUAGUGGGCUUGUUGUCACUGCUCCUCCUCCUCCCGGCCCACCUCCUCCCCCUCCAGGCCCUCCUGCUGCAGGUGCAUCCCUCUCUUCCUCCCCAAUGCACGUUCCUCCGGCGUCGGAGGCAAAGCGCCAUGAACCUGCCCAGGCACCGAUAAGCGAUGCACGGAGCGAUCUCCUUGCUGCCAUUAGAAUGGGAAUUCAGCUGAAGAAGGUGCAGGAGCAACGUGAGCAAGAAGCCAAGCGCGAGCCUGUCGGCAAUGAUGUGGCAACCAUCCUUUCGAGGCGCAUUGCGGUGGAAUACAGCGAUUCCGAUGACGAUUCAGAGUUUGAUGAGAACGACUGGUCAGACUGAAUAUGGUCCAAGCCCAGUGGCAACUACAUUAAAUACUUGGCUUCAGUGGUUGCAAGAUGUAAAGCAGGAUGUUGACAUGUAUUAAGGCUAGUGAUGGAAGUGCUAAAAUUGAAUUGGUAUUAUUCAGAAUGCUGUAGCUUAGCAACUCUGGUAAUAAUGAUGUGAUUAUGCUUAUGCAGAUCAGAAACUUGUCUUACUUUCAGUAUUUACUGCAUAAUACUUAAGUGCCACUAAAUGUAGCAACUCAUGUGCUGCGUGCAAAAUAUGCUGCAGUUGUUGCACUGUUACAGAACCAGCAUUUUAUUUUACUUUCCUGAUCUUGAAGGGAUAAAAUAUAUUUUUUUGACUUUACAUCUUAUUCUUUUAAUUAUGUAAGAAACUUAGGUACUUGUGAAUUGGUCUGGUUGUUAGUCUUUGAGGGCAGUUAACUAUAUGACUGAGUGAAGUGUUAGGUUCCAUAAAUGUGACUUUUAGCUUUUUUAUUAGGUACUAAUUAUGCCCACCUUAGUCUAUUUUUAACCACUUCUGGGCUUAAGUUUUUAUGCAUAAAGAAUUGAUUUUAUAUUAUCUUCCUUUUUAUCUUAAACAUGUAGCAGAUGAUGAAAUGUAUACUUUGAAAAAGGAAUCCACAUGGUCCAAGAAGAACAUUUGGCGAGCAGACUGGAUAUGUCUGUAACAGUACCAGCUUUAGGUUGCUGGCUGCUUGUUGAGAAGAGUGUUGGGGAGGGGUAUCUCUGCUUGGUAGCAGAUGCAUGUCCGUGUUACAAAUAAAAGUUAAAAUACCUGUAGAGCUUUUUCAGUUUUAUGGUAGAGAUGACGUGGAUGCAGGAUAGACCUGAUUGAAACAACAUGGUUAUUGGAGUGUAGAAAUGCUACUGUUCUUACGAAGAUUGGAACAGUCUGGAUCUAGCAAUCAGAUACAUUUCACAAGUAUUAAACUUGGUCUUUAUGCCUGUAGGUAUAAAUAUGUGUAAAUAAGUUCUGUUGUUGUUGAUUUGUACAUGUGUAGUCAUGUAGCACAUUUACUGAGAACUCUUACGUUGAAUGUAUUUCUUAGUACAUCCCAUGGAUAAAACAUUGGCAGUUAAAGCAGUUUUAAUGGCUUUUGGGGUACUAUGCCACAUACAUACACUUUUUUUACUCCUUCCCUAGGGAUAGUUGCUGCCAUAAAGUCUGCUUUGGCUGUCUUUGUUUUCUUUAAAAAUAAUUCCUUUUUUUUUUUCCCCCCCGCAGUACAGUAUUAAAAUUUUUUUUGUUUGUUUUGUUUUUGCUCUCUUCUGGACUGAGAAUCAGGCUGCUGCUUUGCCUAAUGAGGCUUUAAAAAAUUAUUCAUAGCAGGGGAAUAGCUCUUUCCUUACCAGAUUACAGUUUUAAUCUUUGUAACGGAAGUCUGUGUAAUUCCAGGUUUAAAAUUUGGUAAAGCUCCUUUGUUCUUUGAGGCCCUAUCUGUUCUUAAAAAAAAGUAUGUAAAAUAAAGAGAAAUGGAAGGUGAUUAUCUAACCUGUGUUUACACCAUUAACAGUUUUAGUCCUGAGAAUGUAACAGUCUAACACGAUGUUUGCAUGCAAACUGUUGGCUACUGCAUUGCUGUUUAAUCUAUGUAUGACUUUACAAUCCGUGGCAGCUGCCUUUAUGGUAGGGGGUUAAGAUGCUGCCUCAGUUUGGUGUUUAUCAAAAAGUACGACCAAUCUCUCCAUAGUGGUGAGCAACCACAGCUCUUGGUAAUCAGGGGCAGCUGAGGGUAUUCAUCUCCAUCCCAGUUUGAGCUGGUUUUGUCUUUGCCUUAAAAUGCCGAGCUAAAUUCUGCUUUAUUUUGUGUCCUGGAGUCUGAGGCCUGUGUGUCCACCAGAGAGGGCAAAAUUUAGGUAGUAGCCUGAUGGUGGUUUUCAUCACUGUAUGAGAGAUGGCUUGUCCUUACCAUAGUGGUGUGCUUGCAAAAUAAUUCUUUGGAUGGGUAGUGCAACUGGGACCUCAGUGUUACAUCACUAUGUAGGUUGUGACAGUACUCUCUAUUCUUUUGAUACAUGCUGAAAUGAAACGUCUCAGCAGAAAAUUCUUACCAAUCUCCUGAAAUUUGAUACAACAGAAGAUAUAUUUUAUGAGCACAAAAGUUGAGUGUGUCUGAAAUUUUGUAAUUUGUGCUUAUUUUAAAUAAUAAGCAUUUAACAAGCAAUCAGUUGUGACCAGUUAAGAUAGUGUAGAUUUUUCAGUCAUAGUAGCCAACCUGUUUUUCUGAACCUGCAAUGUUGUCAUUUUCCUUUUGGUAUUUUAUGAACAAAAUGUGAAUUGAAUUUAGUGAUGUAAACAUGAUUCUAGGCUGUUUUUAUCAGUUUUAUCAUACUUUGGGUUGUGGAUAAGUAACAAAUGUUAAUAAAAUCUCACUUUUGAGCCUGUCUUUCCUUAGAUUAGUAAGAUUUUGCUGUUAACUUAUUGAUAAGUAACAGAAAUGAAAAUGUAAGGCUUCCAAAUGCUGUCUGUGAUCCCAGGGAACCAUGAUGUUCCUGGGAUGAAGGCUGGAGUCCACAAAACCAGGUUCCCUUGAUGUUCUGCUGCUUCUUCAAACAUGUGUACGUUUUGCUUUUGCAGCCUUGAUUCAAGCUCCAAGUUCAAGUUCUUGGUUGGUCUAAAUAGGCAUUAAUUUCCUUACAGGUAGCUUUAGGGGUUUUUUUCAGUGAAAUGCAUUGAACAUCAGCUUUGCUUCCUGAAAGAACAAGGCAGAAAAUAUAAGUUUUAUUAGCAAGUCUCUUUCCCCACUUUCCCAGUAAGAAGGGUCUUUGUAGGUCAAUGAUGCCAAGCACAAUACUGUAAAAUGCAAACCCAUGUCUGCCUACUAGAAAAAAUAUUUUUAAUUUAAUCUUUUAAUUGUAAUCAGAUUAAAGCCAGAAGAGGCUUUUCAUCCUCCUGGAAAGAACUUACAUAAACCAAUUGUGUAAUACAGUAGCCUAAUUGUAAAUGAAGCAGAUUUGUUUAUGCAUCUUAGACUCAGUUGUUUCCUGGGAAAAUAAAUUAAUUUUUAGUCCAUUCAACCAAAA